UCCCCACCAGUCUCCCUCCCUCCCUCCCUCCCUCCCGUUGGCAGCAUCCGUCACCUCGCCGGCGCCGCCCGCUGGACGCGCGCGCUACCGGGGAUGCUGCGGGCGGUGCGGUACCUGCUGGGUUCGCCGGGCGCGAGCGGGUUCGGGUCGAGGUCGACGGCGGAGGAGGUGACCCCGGACCUGGGCGCGACGACGGCCAUCAUCACGGGCGCGACGUCGGGGAUCGGCGCGGAGACGGCGCGCGUGCUGGCGAAGCGCGGCGCCCGCGUGGUGAUCCCGGCGCGGAGCGCCAAGGCGGCGGAGGACGUGCGCGCGCGCAUCGUGGCCGAGUGCCCCGGCGCCGACGUCCUGGUGCUCCCGCUCGACCUCAGCUCGCUCGCGUCCGUGCGCGCCUUCGCCGACAGGUUCCUCGCGCUCGGCCUCCCGCUCCACCUCCUCAUAAACAAUGCCGGCAAGUUCUCGCACGGGCAGCUGGCGCUCUCGGAGGACGGCGUGGAGAUGACCUUCGCCACCAACUACCUAGGGCACUUCCUGCUGACGAAGCUGCUGGCGGGGCGGAUGGCGGAGACGGCGGCGGACACGGGCGUGCAGGGCCGCAUCGUCAACGUGUCGUCCAGCGUGCACGGCUGGUUCGCCGGCGACUGGGCCGAGUACCUGCACCUCGUCACGCGCCGGAAGAUACCCUACGACGCGACGCAGGCGUACGCGGUGUCCAAGCUCGCCAACGUGCUGCACACCAAAGAGCUCGCCGCGCGCCUGCAGGAAAUGGGCGCCAACGUGACGGUGAACUGCGUGCACCCGGGCAUCGUCAGGACCCGCCUCAACCGCGACCGCGACGGCGUCCUCACCGAUCUGGUGUUCCUGCUGCUGUCCAAGCUGCUGAAAACGAUCCCUCAGGGCACCACCACAGGCCUGUUGGCGCGACUUCCGAUUUGUGAAAAAGGAAGAGUGGGUACCGUGAGAGAUCCUUCCCUUCCAGAUUCUGAAAUUUCAGGUCUCAAGGGCAAUGACCAUGACCCCCGUCCAAAUCAUUGCCAGCAUUUGGAUCUUGGUCCUUGGAUGGAUGCUUCUAGGACCUCACUGCUUUGUGGGAUGGGAUGAGACAGGGAUGGAGCAUGCCCCCGAUAGGUGACGAUGUCCAUGUCCACUGCAAUUCUCUCUUCCUCUUGUGUUUAUACGUGAUAAUCACACCCUACCACACACAAAAAUUAAAGGUGAUAAUCAUGCAUUCUGUAUCGGGCAGCGAGUAGGCCGUCUAUCAAAAUGACUAAACACCUAUGCUUGCAUGAUAUAAAAGGCCUUCUUUGCUAAUUAUUGAGAGCUACAUAUACUAUACACAGGUCUGCUCAAACCUAAGCUAAGUGCCACCGCUAACACCACAAGAAAUGGACAGGGUAACAAAUAUGAGAGUAGUGUUUUAGGUUCAGCUUCGUUAUUCUAUUUCCUAUCUUUUCCUUGCACUCUGACGAGUACGAAUUGCAGUUCCAUUGCUCCUCAAAUUAUGCAUAUGUUCAAAUAACCCUCUAAACUAAUUAAUGUUUG